AUGAUUAUCAAAGAAUAGUGAGUUUUUUUUAAAAAGGUUAUUGAUCUUAAAAUAUUACGAAAUUUUAGAAGCUAAAAAUAGAAAAUCAAUCUUGUUUUUGUUCUUUUGAAUUUUGACGUGAAAGAAACUUUGAGAUUUUUUGAAUAGAAUUUCAACAAAAAUAUCUUUCAAAAUCAAAAAUUUCUAGCCGAGUGGUUCUUCCGCUUUCCGUCGAAGAAUAUCAAGUUGGACAAUUAUGGUCAGUCGCGGAAGCGUCAAAAGCUGAAACUGGAGGUGGAGAAGGUGUUGAAGUGCUUAAAAAUGAGCCAUUUGAUAAUGUUCCUCUACUAAAUGGACAAUUCACCAAAGGACAAUAUACACACAAAAUUUAUCAUCUUCAGUCGUAAGUUUUUAGUUCUUUUGGGAGUGAUUUUGGACCUGAGUUAUGAUGUCUCACGUUAGUUUGGUGUUAGGAAGCUUCAUAUGAUAGAUGUUGAAAGUUUUUAAAUUCAUGGUUCGAUGUUUCAUGAUUCAGAGCAUUUUUUUGUCUUUAAAAACUCAAAAUGAGGGUUUUUUUUCCAGAAAAGUACCCGCUCUCAUUCGAAAGAUUGCCCCAAAAGGAUCAUUGGCAAUUCACGAAGAAGCAUGGAACGCUUAUCCUUAUUGUAAAACCGUAAUCACAAAUCCCGAUUAUAUGAAAGAGAAUUUCUAUGUAAAAAUUGAGACGAUUCAUUUGCCAGACAGAGGAACCACUGAAAAUGUAAGAUUUUUUUCAAAACUGUCUUGCUAUGUUUUAUUUUAAAUAUAAAACAAUCAAUUUUAGGCUCAUGGUUUGGCUGGCGAAGAAUUGGCGAAACGCGAAGUUGUUCAAAUCAACAUUGCCAAUGAUCACGAGCAUUUGAAUAGUGGAGAUAUUAAAGCGGAAACAACACCGUCGAAAUUCAAAAGUAGCAAAACGGGUCGCGGACCAUUGACGGAUAAUUGGCGGGAAACUUGUCAACCGGUCAUGUGUGCUUAUAAAUUAGUCACUGUUUAUUUCAAAUGGUUCGGUUUUCAGAAGUUGGUGGAGGGAUAUGCUCAUGCUGUGAGUUAUUUUUGAGAAGGGAUAAAAAAAUGAAAAUGAGGAGAUCGGCCAAAUUUAUAUUAAAAACACGUGGUCUACGUUGUUAAAAAAAGUUUUGUGAAAUUUUUACAGGUUUUAAAGUCCAAUUCUGCAGAAAGCCUUAAAUUUAUAAGAAGCCAAUUCUUUUUUUGAAAAUUCAAAUUCAAUUUUUUUUUGAUUUCUGGAGACAACAGUUUACUUUGGGCUACAAAUCAAGCUAGGUUUCAAAAAUUUAGUUAUUGAAACACUCCAAAAAUUUUCUUUGAAGUGGUUUCACUUGACUAGAAGUUUUUUGGUAAAUGGUUUUUUAAAAUAAAGAAUUCAUAAUUACAAUAACUUUAAUUAUAUCAACUCGUUUUUAACAGAUUCAAAAUGCAGAAUUUCGACUUCUGAAUCCACAAUUCUGAAUUUUUACAGCAAUACCCUCGAUUAUUCUCAAAAUUCCAUCGGGAAGUUUUCUGCUGGCUCGAUAAUUGGUAUGGAUUAACAAUGGUUGAUAUUCGAGCAAUCGAAGAAAAAGCUCAAAAAGAAUUGGAAGAGCAAAGGAAAAGCGGACAAGUCAGUAAUUUUUAUCUUUUUUUUUUCUUAAAAAACGUCAUUUUCAAAUUUUCCAGGUCCGCGGAAUGAAUGGUUAG